AUGCUGCAUCAUCGUCACACACUACCGGAGUCUCUCUUCCACGUCUCGUAUGAGCCCUCCACAUCCUCCUCCACCUUCGUGACCGAGGCGCCGACGCCCAUAGACGACGUCGUCGCCGUCACAUCUCAGCGUGGUGACUCGCCGUUGUCGUCCUGCGACAGCCGAGAUGCUCCACGCAGCCUCGUUCCCGGGGACUUGUCGAUGCAUCGUAGCUUCCUCUGCUACGUCUGCUGCGAACCUCUUUUUCGGGCAAUGAGUGACGGUGUGUGCGGUCACCAUGUGUGUGAGGCGUGCUGCUUAAAGAUGAGCGUCAGCGGUACUGCCACCUGCCCUCUGUGCGGGUGGAACGGGUCAUGGUCAACGGACGCAGCGUACAGUGAGUGCGUGCGCGACGCGGUCGAGGCGCGCUUGAAGGAGAGUGCCGUUGUCCUCCUCCGCGACGCCUACCCAGCGCUCUCGAGUGGCUGCGUUGGCGAUGUGGUGGACAGCUGCUUCGAUCGCUCGUGUCUCACAGUGGACCUGCACCAGGCACAGCAGUAUCUUGCGGCGGUGCCUCCCGAUGGAGUCGGCGCUGUCUGCACGUCGCUGGCUGCGCCUGAUAAGAUCCCUAACAAGGCGGCUGUCUUUUCGCUGCGCGUCGAGGGCCCGUGGCUCACUAGCUGUGACCUUGUGAGGAGGUUCUUGCAGCUGCAGGUGCUUGUCUUGUGUGACUGCGCAGACCUUGUCUCACUUCGCGGAGUCGAAUGCGCGCCACUGCUGGAACGUCUCACUGCGGAGCGCUGUGGCUUAGUUGACACGUUGGGGAUCGACGCGUGCCCAUGUCUUAAGUCCCUGCAGCUUCGCGAAUGCCCUCGGCUGUCACACUUGGGGUGGAAUCAGAUACUUAACAGCCAAUCAAGCCUCCAAGAAUCUAGCGGGCAAGAUGGCGGCUGUGCGGCGUUGCUCAGUGUGAGCGUUUUUCGCUGCCCCGCCUUCCAGGGCAUCGGCCUCCUCUCCGCUGCUCCGCAUCUGCGAGAGUUCCGUGCGCAGCGUGUUCGCAUCAGCAGCCUGGACGCAUUGCGUGAGUGCCGCCACCUCGAGUUGCUUGAUGUUGGAGGGUGUCAGCAGGUGUGCUGCAUUGAAGCCCUGCGAGGUGCGAAGGCGCUAAGGUAUCUUGACCUCUCCAACACGGCUGUCUCCGACAUCGGUGCGCUCUCACAGUGCACGGCGCUCGAGAGGGUGAACCUGAGCGGGUGCCUCCGGCUGCGCUCUCUCGAUAGUCUUGAGUGCUGUACGGAGCUCAGAGAGCUGCAGGCGUCUCGAACGAACAUUGAGACGCUGAUCGGUCUGCGCCUGUGCCGUGCCCUCAAGAAAGUGGAUGUCAGCGGCUGCGCGGCGCUGAGGGACGCCGCGGCCCUCACGCAUCUCUCCCAACUCACACAUGUCGAUCUUUCUUUCACGGCGGUGGAUGACGUCAGCUCCCUUGCCUACUACAGCGGACUGGAGAGCGUCCGUCUGCGCGGAUGUCGGUACCUGCGAGACUACUCACCACCUCACAACCUCGAGGAUGCGCCGCCGCUGCGCUCUCUCGACCUCUCCAACACAAGUGUCUGCAGCAUCUCCGAGUGGGGUCGUUGCCCACCGAGGUUGGAGAAGCUCCGCAUGAACGGCUGCACGAGGCUCUCCGACAUUUCGGUUCUGCAGUCUUCGACAGGGCUAAGGAUCGUGGACCUCGGGAACACGUCGGUGCACAGCAUCUCGCCGCUGAUCUCGUGUGCACCCGCUUUGGAGGAGCUCCGCAUGCACGGCUGCACGGAGCUCUCUGACAUCUCGGUCCUGCAGUCUGCAAGCCGGCUGCGGGUGGUGGAUUUGGACAACACCAGUGUACGGAGCGUGUCGCCGCUGCGGUUGGCUGCGUCGGAGUUGGAGGAGCUUCGCAUCAAUGAUGUCACCUACCAGGGCGAGGUACCUAUCUUCCAAUCCACUGGAGUGCAGCGGCGGUGUAACAUGAUAAACACUGGCGCGUCGAGCCGAUCACUGUGA